AGCCUCCAGCAGCAGUGGGAUGCUCCCAAGGCAGCAUGACUGAGAAGGAAGUGCCAGAGCCACCAGCUUCACCUGCUUCAGGUGGGAAACCCAAGAGCCGGCUGCAGAAGCUGAAGCAACUUUUCCAGCGGAAGCCCAAGGAGGAGCCGGUGCCGGAGCCGCAGCCCAACGGGGAGCUGGUCAGCCCCUCGGGGGGGCCCAUCUACUACAUCUAUGAGGACGAGGAAGAGGAGGAAGAGGAGGAAGAGCCCGAGCCCCCUCCUGAGCCCGAGAAGCUUGUCAAUGACAAACCCCACAAGUUCAAAGAUCAUUACUUCAAAAAACCCAAGUUCUGUGAUGUUUGUGCCCGAAUGAUCGUCCUCAACAACAAAUUUGGCCUGAGGUGCAAGAACUGCAAAACCAACAUCCACCACCACUGCCAGUCCUACGUGGAGAUGCAGCGCUGCUUUGGCAAGAUCCCCCCCGGGUUCCGCCGGGCGUACAGCUCCCCCCUCUACAGCGACCAGCAGUACGCCUGCGUCAAGGACCAGCUCUCGGACAACAGGAGCGACCCCGUGUUCGAGACGCUGCGGACGGGCGUCAUCAUGGCCAACAAGGAGCGCAAGAAGGGGCAGGACGACAAGAAGAACCCCUUGGCUGCAAUGAUGGACGAGGAGCCGGAGGCCACGAAGCCGGUGGGGAGCAAAGCCGAGGGCGGUGCCUCCGAAGGGGACAAGAAGGCUGAGAAGAGCCCAACAGAUGACAAGAGCAAGAAGCCACAGCCGGGGGCGUUCCUGCAGUCCCACUAUUUCGUGGCCCUUUAUCGCUUCAAAGCCCUGGAGAAGGACGACCUGGACUUCCCGCCCGGGGAGAAGAUCACGGUGGUCGAUGACUCCAACGAGGAGUGGUGGCGGGGGAAGAUCGGUGAGAAAGUCGGGUUCUUCCCGCCCAACUUCAUCAUCCGGGUGCGGGCCGGCGAGCGGGUGCACAAGGUGACUCGUUCCUUCGUGGGCAACCGGGAGAUCGGGCAGAUCACGCUCAAGAAGGAUCAGAUCGUGGUGCAGAAGGGGGAGGAGGUGAACGGUUACGUCAAAGUCUUCACCGGCCGCAAAGUGGGGCUGUUCCCCGUGGACUUCCUGGAGGAGAUCUGA